AUGAGUAACACAGAAGACAGCGGAAAUAAGUGCUCUUCGGGGCCGAUUUCCAGCUUCACCAUCCAGUCUAUUCUGGGCAACAAGAGCCCGUCCGAGUCGUCGCGGACCGCCGGGACCAAGGAGCUCUCCAAGGGUCUGGCUGGGCCGCCGUCGCGGAGGCGCUCCCUGUCGGUGUCCUCCGAGGACGAGUGCAGCGCCGGGGAAGACUCCGCGGAUUGUUUUUGCUCGGAUACCGGCCACAGCGAGCCAUGCACCCAGCAUCAACCCCACAACUUCUCGUGUUUAGGUGCCCCAAAGAGACUGCUCUCCGUGGCGGACGGCACCGCGCGGCGGCCUCACCAUCACCUGUCCCAGAAUCCGCUGCAGGAUUACAAAGGGGAGCAGGAGCGACCAUGCGGCCAGAUGUCGCCUCUGUCCGAGGAGCGGCAGGUCGGGGAAGGCGGGGACAAGCAGGGCAGCAACUCGGCCAAGAAGAAGACUCGCACGGUUUUCUCGCGCAGCCAGGUGUACCAGUUGGAGUCCACCUUUGACAUGAAACGCUACCUGAGCAGCUCGGAGCGCGCGUGUUUGGCCUCCAGUCUGCAGCUGACGGAGACGCAGGUGAAGACGUGGUUCCAGAACCGCAGGAACAAGUGGAAGCGGCAGCUCUCCGCGGAGCUGGAGGCGGCCAACAUGGCCCACGCCUCGGCACAGACAUUGGUUGGGAUGCCGCUGGUUUUCAGAGAUAACUCCUUACUGCGGGUGCCGGUGCCGCGGUCCAUCGCCUUCCCUACGCCGCUCUAUUACCCGGGAAGCAACCUGCCAGCGUUACCCUUAUACAAUCUAUACAAUAAGAUUGAGUACUGA